AUGAAAAUAAUACUAUUAUUAUUUGUAUUCUGUUUUAUUAAACACUCCCAUCAAAAUGAAACCUUUACUAGAUUCAUAAAUCAAUGUAAUUUUAUACCAUACACAGAUAAUGAAAUUAGUAAGAUUUUAAAUUAUUAAAGCUUAAAUUUGGGCAUUUUGGAAUUCAUAAUAAUGUAUCUAAUGUCAACCUUGGUGUACUUGUUCAAAUUAUAUGGAAUGUAAUUAAAUAAGUUGUCCUAUUGGCCAUGUGCCUUACUCAAAAAAUAAGAUUUGUAUCCCAUGUCCUAAGGGCUGCAAAUAAUGUAAAUUAGGUUAUGAAAUGAAUAUUUAAAGUUGCUAAGAAUGUAAUGAAGGCUAUUAAUUAAUUGGUAAAACUUAUAUAUAUAUAUAAAUUUAGGUAAAAUGUGUAUUGAAUUAACAGUCUUUCAAAUAAGAACAUCAUAAUUAAAAGAAGUAUAUAUGGUUUUUAACAAUCCAUACAGUUAACCUUUGAAUAAUUAAUUUGCUAUAUGUUAACAAUUAGAUUCUACUACAUCACUGUGUGCUAAAUGUCCAGAUAACUAUUUUUUAAAUGAAUUCAAUUAAUGUGAAUAAUGUCCGAAUGGAUGUAUUUGCGCUUAAAGAGGAACUUGUAUGUACUGCAUUGGAGGAUACUUUUAUAGUCCAGUUGCUAAUGAGUUUACAGCCAUAAAAAAUGCUGGAUAACGAUUACAAAGUGGAUUUUAUCAAUAUGGUAGAAUAAUAGAUAUAUAUAAAUAAUGUAGGUAGUGGUAGUUGUGUAAAAUGUUAAGAUCCAAAUGCAACAGAAUGUACUUCUGCUUUCUCAUCUUCAUGUGCAAUAGGUUAUUACAUGAACAAUUCUUAAACUUAAUGUGAAGCAUGCAAUGUUGGAUGUAGUAGUUGUAAAAGUACAUCAGAAAAUUGCUAAAGUUGUCAAUAAGGAUAUUACUUAUAAAAUGAAAGUUGUUUACUUUGUAAAGGUAAUACUUAAGAAUAAAUAAAUUGUCUUUAUUGUUAUUAGAGUGAUUAUUGUUUAUAAUGUGCAAAAAAUUAAUAUUUAUCAAAAGGAAUAUGCUAUACUUGUAGUGAAGGUUGUAUUUAAUGUACAAAUACAACUUGUAAAAUGUGUAACAAUGGAUACUAUUUGAAAGAUGGAUCUUGCCAAAUUUGUGCUGAAAAUAUCUAAUACUGUGAUAAUGAUACUGGAAAUCCAAGUUAAUGUGUUUAUGGUUACUUAUUAGUGGCUGAUUAAAAUAAUUCAAACACUCUAUUAUGUAUUCAAAAUAUAAAUAAUUGUAUGUUGAUGAUUAAUAGUUCCUAAUUAUGCUCAUAAUGUUAUCCAUCUUAAGUUCUAUUUCAAGGAAUAUGUAUAGAAUGUUAAUAAAAAAUACCUGGUUGUACAACUUGUACAAAUAACAAUAAUAAUUUAAUAUGUUCUUCAUGCUCUUCUAAUAAUUAAAAUGAUAAUAAUUACUAUCUAGACAUUAAUAAUAAUAUUUGUACUCUUUGCAAUGAAGGAUGUUUAUCUUGUUCAGCUAAUUAAUGUUAUUCUUGUAUUAACAAUUAUUAUUUAUCAAAUGGAUAAUGCAUUUAAUGUUAAUAAUAAGGAUGCAAAACCUGUGAUUCACAAUCUUGUCAAAUAUGUCAAUCAGGUUAUUAUUUAAAAUAAAUUGAUGUUUAAAAUAUUUGUAUGCUUUGUCCUUAUGGUUGUUCUAACUGUAAUCCUAAUGGAUAAUAAUGCACAGAAUGUUUACCUAGUUUCGUUUUAAGAGUAUCAUAUUACAUUUUAUUUAGAAUAAUGGUUGUACUAUUGGAACCAUAUUCUGCGCAGAAUAUAAUGAACUUGGAAUUUGUAAAUCAUGUAUGUAUGGAUUUGCUCUUAGAAAUAAUAUUUGUGUUUCCUGUAUUGAUUUUACAAGUGGAGUAUUAAUUAAUUUCCUUCUUAUAUUAGUAUGUUUGUGGUGAAAAUGCAGAACCAUGUUAUAGUCUUAUCCUUUUAGCUAUCAUUUUUAUUUAAUUUCUUAAUUGA